AAUGGCGACCAGAUAUUUCACGAAAAUAGAGAUAGCGAGGUAGGAUAAAAUAUGUUGACAUUGGAAUUUGAUUUGAUUAUGCAGUUGUAUAUUUCACCAUUCAGGUCAACCUACAUGUAAUCCAGUGCUGCACCAGGAUUCUUGGAAAGACAAUUUUAAUUUGCGCUCUGCGUCUAACUUCUAUGUGGGAAGGAUUUAUCUGGAAAUUUUCAACAUGCAGAGCCAGUCAAGUACUAUUGAAAAGUGUGAAAGCUCUCUGGAGCACUGAUUGCCGUCCAUCCAUGAAUCUAAAUACAGGAUAAGAGAGAAGGAGAAAAUCAGCGAGUGACGACUGUUGACGUGAUAAAGACAAAUUGACUUGGUGCUGGAAGGCAUAGCAUUUCAUCUGAAAUCAUGGACAAGUACGAGAGAUUAGGGAAGAUCGGAGAGGGGUCAUAUGGAGUGGUGUUUAAAUGUAGGCACAAGGACACUGGAACAAUAGUUGCCAUCAAGAGAUUUGUAGAGUCAGAAGAUGACCCUCUCAUCAAAAAGAUUGCAUUGAGAGAGAUUCGUAUGCUGAAGCAACUUAAACACGAGAAUCUUGUUAAUCUGAAAGAGGUCUUCAGGAGGAAAAAGAAACUUCAUCUUGUAUUUGAAUAUUGUGAUUAUACAGUACUCAAUACAUUAGAAGCCAAUGUGAAUGGAGUCCCAGAAGGGCAGGGUAUGAACAUAGUCUACCAAACAUUAGAAGCUGUCAACUUUUGCCAUCAACACAAUUGUAUUCAUAGAGAUGUCAAACCAGAAAAUAUCCUCAUCACCAAAGAUGGCAGAAUUAAGCUAUGUGAUUUUGGGUUUGCCAGAAUAUUAACUGGUCCCGAUGAUGAGUAUACAGACUAUGUAGCGACCCGAUGGUACAGAGCACCAGAGCUCCUGGUAGGGGAUAUGGUGUAUGGCCCACCCGUUGAUGUAUGGGCCAUCGGUUGUGUAACGGCAGAACUCAUAGCAGGAGAGGCGCUCUGGCCGGGCAGAUCAGACGUGGAUCAGCUGUAUCUCAUCAAACAAACACUAGGUGAUUUGAUUGACAGACAUUCCAAGAUUUUCAGCACAAAUCACUUCUUCAAAGGCAUGAGUAUUCCUGAACCAGAGAGGAGGAUACCAUUAAAGGACAAGGUUAGGAAUCUCAACUCGACUGCAUUGACUUUCUUGGAGGCUUGCCUGCAGAUGGAUCCCGCUGACAGACUAAGCUGUCAAGAGCUGAUGGAGAUGCCUUUCUUUGACAGGCAUAAGGGUCUGGACGACAGGCAUUCAGACUCAACAAAUGUCCGCAGGCACAGAUCAAAAUUGGGUCUUCGCAAGGACAACAGCCACUUACCUCAGCUGAACUCCCAAGGUUUACAGGAAAGCCUCUCCAAAGGUCACCAGAACCUGGGACACAAGAAAGUAGAGAACGAGAAGCUGCUGAAGAGGGACCGUCUACCAAACAUUGAUUCCUUUAAAUAGAGGGAAUCCUUAAACCAAACAUAGAUUCCUUUGGAGUGACCACUUACCGAGUAGUGAUUCCUUUGAAUAGUAACUACCAGGUUGUAUUCAAGACCAAGCCUCUCUGAGUCUGAGACCCAAAGCGUCAUCGCUGUCAAAGACUUGAUGGAGCAUGUUAGUGACUUUGACUGCAUGCCCUAUUUCAGAUGAAUUUUGUUACUAAUCUUAUUGUCCUUGAUAUUGUCCGUCAUUUUCUGACUUAUCAAGUGUUGAUUCUUUUAAAUAAACACUACCAGGUUGUAUUCAAGCUCAAGUCUCUCUGAGUCUGAGUCCCAAAGCGUCAUCACUGUCAAAGACUUGAUGAAGCACAUUAGUGACUUUGACAAUGUGCCCUAUUACAGGUCAACUGUGUUACUAAUUUUGUUGUCCUUGAUGUUGUCCAUCAUAUUCUGACUUAUCAAGUGUUGAUUCUUUUAAAUAGUAACUACCAGGUUGUAUUCAAGCUGAAGCCUCUCCUAGUUAAAGUCUCAAAGCAUCAUCACUGUCAAAGACUUGAUGAAGCACGUUCAGUGGCUUUGACAAUGUACCCUAUUACAGGUCAACUUUGUUACUAACUCUAUUGUCCUUGAUAUUGUCCUUGAUAUUUUCCGUCAUAUUCUGACUUAUCGAGUGUCGAUUCUUUUAAAUAGACACUACCAGGUUGUAUUCAAGCUGAAACCUCUCAAAGUGUCAUCACUGUCAAAGACUUGAUGAAGCAUGUUCAGUGGCUGUGGCAAUGUGCCCCAUUGCAGGUCAAACUGGGUUCAUAUUUUAUUGUUGUUCAUGUUGUCUGUCAUAUUACGAUAUUAAGGACUCUCUUGCUGCGGUCAUGCCUCGUAUACAUGAUCAGUUAACAGUUUAGGAAUAGGAAACCCCCUUUCCUCCGAAGAAUGACCAAGCAUAGGUGACGCUCUUCCAACUUCAACUCCACAUCUCGAUCUACAUUAUUGAAGAAUCUGAGGGGUUGUACUAAUCCUUGCAAAUUUGAGUUUCCAACCCAAUUUUUUUCUGUCAAGAAAUACAUUCUUCUUUAUAUCAGAAAGAUACUGCUAGGAAUUUAACCUGCAUGCGCACACAAUUUACCGUGAUUAAAUCUGAAAUCUCUGAAUUAUUACACCUGUUCCAUAAAAAUGUGGAAAGGGCAGAUUUCAGCCAAGCUGUGUGUACUAGCAUUACAGAAGCAGCACCCGAAGAGAAUCCACAUUGAUCAUUUUGUUAGUGAAUAGACAAACAUUAGUCUAAUGUAGGGGCAAAUUGUUUUUAUUUCUUCAUUUUCUUUGUUUAUAUAUGGACAAUCAUGACUAUGUAAAUGUGACUCUUAUUAUUAAAGGUGAUAUGAUUAUGACUACUUAUUCAUGUAUUUUCUAAACAAAUUUAUUGAUGAAAAAAAAAGAAUUCAUGUAGCUCUUGUUUAUUUUAUUUGUUAACAAAAAAAAAGAUGGACAGUAAAGUGCUAUUUAUAAGCACCAAUUAUGGUUAGCUUUAUUGUCUGAAAUUUGAUAAUUUUGUUUUUUAAUAUAUAAUUCUAUCCUCUAAAUGAAGGUACUGUGUAAAGUUUUACUAGUUAAAAGUACAUGUAAACUGGUACUUAUAUUUUGUGCUGUAUAUGGCCAAAAAACAACAACAACCCUUUCUUGUUCUAUUUCUGUGUUUUAGUCCGAUUGCAGACAAAUUUGUUUAUUGGAAUGUCUAGCAUGACAGACUACAACCAGACGUACCACUGGUUUAUGCACAGAAUAAUGAUGUCAGAGUUUAAUACCAAAUGUUCAAGUGAUUUUUUCAAAUAGUAUUAUACUAAUGUAGAAUGUAUUUUACAAUGAGAGAUGUCACAUAUGUAAUUAUUAAAACAUAUAGUUAUUAUUGGGAGUUUGAGUUAUUUGAAGCACACUGCCUCUGACAAAGAACAUUGCGUAUGAAAAACCAAAUAUCUAAUCAGAUUUAACAAGCUUGUAAUCAAGAACUUUACAUGUCCUGAAGAUGUGUAUUAAAGUGUGUAUUAAAAACCAUAUACCUAAUCAGUUUUAAAAAGCUUGUAAUCAAGAUCUUUAGAUGUACUUAAGAUGUAUUAGCAGCAAAAGAAAUUGAAAAAAUGUUUGUAUUUUAUCUGAAAUCAUUAUUAUUGUGUAAGAUUUGUGAUAGUACAUUGUAUGCCUUUAGCAGUGUCUGCAAUAAUGCUUUAAUGAUGUACUAAUUGGAUUCGCCUUAGUCAUGUACUAUUCUAUAAUGGAAAAAAGGGAUUAAAUUACAUGUGCAUGUUGUACAUUAAUUAUAGUACUUCUGAACAAUAAUUUGCGUUCUUAAAUCGUUUAUGAUUAGAGAGUAAUGCCAAAAUGAUCAUGUACUUGUAACAUAAAAAUCUAGUACUAGGAAGUAUGAAGAUUGUGUUUGUUUAUUAAAAUCUCCAGAUAGAAGUGCUAAUAUCUAGGUAGAUAGAUAAACUAAAGAGUUUAGAAAAUAGAGCAGUGGACUUUCAUAAUUUCGAUUUUCAUUGAGUAAUUCUUGUGUGGAUAAACAACAAAUAGCAGUGUCUAUGUGCAUCGGCUAUUUUCAUGUUUAAAGUGUUUAUAGGAUAAGCAUGUGUAACUAUUAAAAGGUACUACAGAAAUUACUUAGUCACCAAUAAAGUGAUGAAAAGGCAUUACACAUAUCAGUGGGGAUACUCGAGGUUUAAGGUACAUUGCGCCUUUUAUUUUGAACUCAGACGGGUAUUGUUACCUGCUCUUACAAAAUUGAUUCUGAUUUUGUUUUGAAAGACUGCAAAUUUGGAGCAAGCAAUUAUAUAUAAAAAAAGCCUGCAUCAUUUUUCCUAUCUCCAUCAAGAUUGGCAUUCUCAUUGACUAUUACACACCCAUUAUGAGAUCACGGCUUUAUUUUCUUUGAUAUUGUUUUCAUGUAUAUGUAUGUGCAUAUUUUUGUGUGCACUUCCUACUAAAUUUGGUACCAAAAACGUUAUGCGUAUAUGGAGAAUGUUCAAUUAUCGUGUAGUUGAAACUAUGAAAUGACUAGAUCGAUUUACUGUGUAUUUGACUUGGGACAUCAUUAUUUGGUCCUUUAUCCUCAUCAUUUCCUUGUUAUUUUAUGUUUAAGAGACUUCUGAGAGGGACAAUACAACUUCUCUUCACUUCAAAAUUGAGCAGAGAAAGAGACGUCUUGGAAUUUCAAUGUGUAGGAUUUGGAGUAUGAUGAAACUUAACUUUUCGUAAUAUUUAUUGAAGUUGUAGAGUACCCAGAUAUGCAAAUAUCCAUUGUAUUCCUUGUUUUGUUGUACAUGUAUAGCGUAGUGUAUCAUGUCCAUUAUUGCACAACCUAUUAUGCCUGCUACAAGGCUCUUAGCCCCAUUCAGACGUGGCGCAGUAAACUGCCUAAAAAAAACGCUGCAGCAAAAUAAAAACAUUUUACAUGCAAAUGAAUUGCAAGUAGGAGUAAGGCAAACAAACAGAAUAGCUACACUUUUAAAAUUGCAAAGACCCUUAUACAUACACUUUAUGUGUAAUCCAAUAUGUCACUUGCACCGCGCUUAUGUCAUUUUAUUUUGCAGUUUUGUUUUAGGCAGUUUACCACCUCGUGUCUGAAUGGUCUUUAGGGCAAUCUUGUUCAUCUGGCUGUAGAUAUUCCUUGUUUCUGAGGUGUACAGUGAUUUCCCCAUGGAAUCAACCGGUAUCGAGGAUUGAAUGUAGUAAACUAGUAAUCUAUUCUUGUCUAUGAAUGUAUGAACUCAUUGAGAAACAUGUAUAUAGUAGGAGAGAGGAGAAAGGAGAGGAGGAAAUGUUUGUGAUUUUUUUGUUUUUUCUUGGUCAUAACUACUUUUCUUUUGUAGAAGAGAUGAAAUAAACUAGAACACAAUACAGUCA